CCCAGAGCCGCUCCGAGCACGCUGUCGGCACAGACCCACCGGCAGGGAGGACAGCUCAAAGGCAUGCAAGCUCUCCCGUGAUGCCUGGCCCCUGGCACCAGCCAUGACCUGCAGGGACAGGCACAAGAUGUAGUUUGUGACCCUUCCUAGCAAGGCCAGCCUGGAGCUCUGCCCCUUGAGGAGAGACCUUCAGAGGUGCUGGAGGAUGAGUGGGACAAUGCAGCCAACUCCUGCUGCUCCCUGGUGAGCUGGGACGCCAAACUCACACUGCUUCACUCCUGAAGCUGGACUUGGCCUGGGCUUAGAAGGAAAUGCUGUCUCUCCUCUGUGGCCACCCCUCAGCUCUCAACGUCUUCCAUUGAACAAUUGACUUUCCACUCUAGGAGGCAAGGAUCAAAUGGGUUGAGGACAACUGGCCCUUCUUGGCUUUGGCAAAGAGGAUUCUUUGGUGUAUUUUAAAGUGCCAGGACAUGAAACAGUAAAUCCCUUCUUCCUGCACUCCUGCCUCCUGCAAGCAGCCCUGACUGCAGUCCAAGCCAGCCAGUUAAAGGGUUAACCAUAGCUGGAUGCCUGAAUGGCUGCCUUACUGAUCCCACGGAGGAGCAGAGGGAUGAGGACUCGCCUGGGCUGCCUGUCUCACAAAUCAGACUCAUAUAAUGAUUUCACAGCUAUUCUUCCGGACAAGCCCAACCGGGCUUUGAAAAGACUGUCAACAGAAGAAGCUACAAGAUGGGCAGACUCUUUUGAUGUCCUUUUGUCCCAUAAAUAUGGGCUGGCAGCUUUCCGUGCUUUCCUGAAGACCGAGUUCAGCGAGGAGAACCUGGAGUUCUGGCUGGCCUGCGAGGACUUCAAGAAGACGCGCUCGGCGGCCAAGCUGGCCUCCAAGGCCCAGCGCAUCUUCGAGGAGUUCAUCGACGUGCAGGCCCCUCGGGAGGUGAACAUAGACUUCCAGACACGGGAGCUGACCAGAAGAAAUGUGCAGGAGCCCUCCCUGUCUUGCUUUGACCAAGCUCAGGGGAAGGUGCACAGCCUGAUGGAGAAAGACUCGUACCCCAGGUUCCUGAGAUCCAAAAUUUACACAGACCUGCUGUCUCAGACCCAGAGGAGGCUCAGCUAGGACAGCCACAGGGCCCUCAGAAACCACGUGCUUCCCUCAACAGCCAAAUCCCAUCUCUAAAUGUGAAACUUUCUUGGUGUUCAAAGCAGUGGGAAUGGGAAAAGAGGGAGAAGGGGCAGAGGAAGCUUCCAGAG